AUGAAGGAUCUCAGGUGGAUUGUUGGACUCUCUUCUCUGGAAGGCUUAGUCCUGUCUGGGGUGAAUCUUAGUGCCGUUGAAGUUGGGUUACAGACAAUUAACAUGCUUCCUUCACUAACAAGACUAGAAUUAGUUGGUUGUGGACUUUUCAUGAAUCCUCAUCUUUCACAGGUCAAUUUCACAUCUCUUUCUUCCCUUGAACUCGGUGAAAAUAAUUUCAACAACUACAUGGUCCCUCCUUGGCUCCAUAAUCUUACUGGUCUCCAUGAUCUUGGUCUUAGCUCUAAUCAUCUUUCUGGUCCAAUUCAUGGCCUAUUUGAACAAAUGACCUCUCUAGUUGAUCUCAAUCUAGGAGAAAACCUCUUUGAUGCAUCAACGUUGAAGUCACUUUGCAAUGUAAGCAGUCUUAAUUAUUUGGAUUUGAGUUUAAAUGAUAUGCAAGGGUCGAUACCAAGUGAAAUAGGCCAACUUUCGAAGCUGCAAGUAUUAGAUGUUUCUUCCAACUCAUUAACUGGUGUAUUAUCUGAAGACCAUUUUGCAAAACUCGGAGAGCUAAAGUCGUUGAACCAAUCUGAAAACUUAUUCGCUCUGAAUGUGAGCUCCUGGUGGGUUCCUCGUUUUCAACUCCGAGAUAUUAUGAUGUCAUCCAUCAAAGUUGGUCUGCUAUUUCCUGCUUGGCUGCGAACGGAAAAAGAGGUUCAGUGGUUAGACAUGCAGAAUGCGAGCAUUUCGGAUAGCAUACCCAGCUGGUUUGGAGUGUUUUGUUAUGAAAUUUAUUUUGUAGAUUUCUUCAACAACAACUUGACUUGGAAUCUGUUGGAGUUCAAACAAAUGAAGAAGAGUCCUCCUGAUGGUAAUUCUCCAAGCACAGUUCUAAAGUCCAACAAAUUGGAUGGAUCUCUCAAAUCGUUUCCAUCUUAUAUUUACGAAUUAGAUCUUUCACAAAAUUUUCUUACCGGACAUAUUCCAUUGCCUGAUGUUGGUCAAACUGUUGCAUCUACUAUUUUUCUCAUACUCAGUGAUAAUCAUUUCACAAGUAGUAUCCCGGAAGACUUGUGCAAGUUGGAAAAUUUAAAAUAUCUGGAUCUAUCCAACAAUUUCCUAUCUGGAAGAGUUCCUCUGUGUUUGGGGAAUUUGCCAGACUUGUUGGUCCUAAACUUGGCAAAUAACAGUCUAUGCGGUCAAAUUCCGAGUUCACUAGGCAACUUGGGGCAACUUUGGAUUCUGCAUUUGAAUUGA